GUUCUCCGUUAGUGCAACAUCGCUGCUCCAGUGAUAACCUUAUCACCGAAUACGGAAAAGGAGGCAGUCCUGACUUUGCCAAUUUUCGACCGAUUUCGCUUCUGCGGUAUUUUCCAAAAGUGUCGCGAUGUGUGACGAGUGACCGUGGCAGUGUUACAGUGCGAGCAGUUAUAUACUAUAAUGCGAUGUGGUUCAAGAGACCAAGGGGCAGGCUAAGAGCUAAGGAUCCCCCUGUUUAUCUGUUUUUGACAAUUUUCCUGUGGACUUUUACCUUUUUUGGAGCAUCGCUUGCCACCGUGAUGGGAGAGGAGUGCGAUUGGAGUGGCAGUGGUCUGCACCCAGCGCGAGGAGUUACUCCAGUGUAUCUUCGGUGCUCCCAAGGCAGAGUCACCUGGAGUUAUCCAGGAGGUGCUUUGAGGGUUCUCCUACGACUUGGAUCCUCUGGGAGAGAGUUCAGAGGGUGUAUAAAGUCUUCUGCGUCCUGGGCUGGUGCUAGAGUCUUCCUGGAAGGUCCCAGGUCCCUGGUCAGGCUGUUGGACCAAGAAGAUUCUAGACAGAAGGUGAGGUGUUUCCACAGUCGUGGAGGCCAAGCCGCUCUCUACGUAGAAGCUACGGGAGCAGCAACGUUUCCGAAACAGGUCGCUGAACUCUUCUACGAUCUGGAAGCACUACCAAGGCACAGCGGAGGAUACCAUGCUUCUGAUGAGUGCAGGCCGUGCUCGAAAGAGGAGAUGACACAUGCGUUCUGCACAAGUGAUCUCGUAACCCGAGGUAUCAUCCGCUCAGUUGAGAACCAAGAAGACCUCGAAACGUCCUCAGUCACUGUAAAAGUCACGAAACACCUGAGGCACUCUUCUUCCACCAUUACGUCAGACGGAGAAGAAGAAGAGGAGGAAAACUCGAUUUUUCCAGAAAAGGAAAAUCUUGUCCAGUUAUCUCUUCCGGGACACUGUGGUGCCAAACAUGGGACUGGAGAGUUUGUCUUCAUGGCCAGAAGAAAACUAGGAGACCUAGCGAUCACGUGUGCUCCUAGACUGGAGGAUUGGGUGGAAGUCGUGAGAACUGAGAGUCUUAGUGGGAGUGCGAAUUGUGUGUUGAACAGUUAGGCUGUGAUAAUUCCCGAGAAUUGAGUUUUAAGAUUAAGAGUAAUUUAUUUUAAAACUUAGUUACACUAACAACACUUUGAAAUAUAAAAAUUCUUAUUAUAGCUCCAUUAGAGGUCAAUUAUUUAUGACAUGAGAAAAGAAGAAAUUUUAUUCUUUUGUCUUGUAUCACAAUUAGGUGGAUUUUAUAUUUGUUUACAUUAUUUUGUUCUUUAACGUUUUGAUUAAAAACUAUAAUCUUAAUACUUCUAUUGUCAAUGAGUUUCUUAAAAAUAAUAAUACUUUUUUUAUAAUUAUAAUAAUUUUUUUUAUAAUUAUUAAGACCUAUAUAACUAUUCAUAAUUUGUAAAUUCUGAAAGAUGCAUAAAAAUUACAUUUUAAAGUGUUGUUGAGUGUUUAACUACUUCUUUAAAUUAAAAAAGAAAUCUUUUUGAUAAUUGGUUUUCUAUGGUAAAGUGUCAUAUUUAUGAUUUCUGUUUUGAUGUUUAUAUUAAGAUCGAACAAAACAUUCACUGUGGUAUUUUUUAAUCAUUGGGAAUUUUCAUGCAUUUUAAAUUGUUUUCCUUUGCUAAAUUUAUAUUCACAGCUAAAUAAAGCAUUGCAAAAUUAAAAUUCAUAAUUCAAAAACCAAACAAAAUUUAAAUUGUUGCUAUUUUGUACAAGAGGUGCUUUAGAUUACACUUUGUUAUUGUUGUGUUUUUGAGAUUCUGUGAUAAUAUAGAAUUUUAUUAUGUUAAGUUCCAUGCUGUAAAGUUACUGUAAGUCAAAAUGUAUAUAAAAUAGUUACGUUGUAUAUAAAAGUAUGUUGUAUAGUUUUUCUAAUACUAUUUUUUGUUGAUAAUUGCUAAUAUGUUUCUGUUUUGAAAUGAUUUCAAAUAGGUACAAAAUUAGUUCCAGAUUAUUACAGUGUUUUGUUUUUAGAUGUAAAAGGGCUUAUGUAAUGAAGGCCUUUUAUAUCUUCAAGUUUGAGCCUGUAAGAAUAAUCAAAUGAAGUCAUUUACAUUGCCUCAGGAGCCCACCCAGAUUCUCUAAUGAUGCAGCUGAUUUAAUGACCUUUAAUUACAUUUACUCAUGUAGCAUGUGGGUCAUUUAUAUUCAUUAUUGGCGACGAUGAAUUUUAUUUCAAUAACGUGAACUGAAGUAAAAAAUCCUUGGAAAAUUAUUAUAGAACUCUGCAAAACUAAUUUUCUCCCAAAAUAAAAGAAAUAAAUAUAUUUAAUCUAAAAUAGUAUCAAAGUUUUAAGUUUAACAUGUUUCAAAAUUUCAAAAUAAAAAAAGUUUAUGUUUAUCUAUACAGCAUACGUUUGUUGAAUGUGCUACUAAUUAUAAGUGUGUAAAGUGUAAAUUGUGUAUAUAAGAGAUUUUAAAUAUGUUACAAAUAAAGUUAUUUGUGCAAUAGCAUUUGCAUUCUAAAGGAAGUACAGGGGUAGUUCAUAUAUUUUCAUUUUUAUAUCUAUUCAUGGCAAUAUUUUCUCAUCUUUUGUCUAGCGUUUAUUUUUAUUUUCUCUUUAUUUCUGUAUAUGUUUAGUAUAUAAAAACUAUUACUUUGUGAAUUCCUUGUGCCAAAUUGUUACUGUAAUUUUUACUUUCUCUUUAUCUUUUUACUGAACUAACCCACUAACUUGAAUGUAUAUAUGUACAGGCCUGAAGUGCCAUUUCUGCUAGCAGAGUUAUAUUUGUACAUUUUGAUCUCAUUCCAGGAAAUUUUGUAUGAUAUUGUAUAGAAAUUGAAUAAAAAGAAAUUUUAUUUUGAGCCUUA